AUGCCUGUUGUAAAUGUUGACGAUCUAGUUCGUCUGCAGCGGAAACCUGAAGACAUUCGAAAUAUCUGCAUCCUUGCCCACGUUGAUCAUGGAAAGACCUCAUUAACCGAUGGCCUGAUCGCCACCAAUGGCAUAAUUUCACCCAAGCUAGCGGGUAAGAUUCGCUACUUGGAUUCUCGUCCUGAUGAGCAGCUCCGAGGUAUCACAAUGGAAUCAUCUGCGAUUUCAUUGCACUUCUCGAUGCUUCGUCGUUCGGCCCCCGAUGCUGCGCCAGUGCCCAAGGAGUACCUGAUCAAUCUGAUUGAUUCACCGGGUCACAUCGACUUCAGUAGUGAGGUCUCUACUGCGUCUCGUCUCUGUGAUGGUGCCGUUGUUCUCGUCGACGCCGUCGAGGGUGUCUGCAGUCAGACUGUCACUGUGCUCCGUCAGACAUGGGUUGAGCAGUUAAAGCCGAUCCUGAUUAUUAACAAAAUGGAUCGGUUGGUUUCCGAACUUAAGAUGAGCCCUGGUGAAGCAUUUGCGCACCUUAGCAGACUGUUAGAACAGGUUAAUGCUGUUAUCGGCAGUUUCUAUCAAGGAGAACGCAUGGAGGAUGAUAUGCAGUGGCGAGAGCGUAUGGAAGACCGCGCAAAUGCCGCCGCUUCCAAGUCCAAGAAGCAGACUUUGGAUGACGAGUCUGUUGCAAGUAUCAGCGAGGCUACAGAAUUUGAGGAGCGUGAUGACCAGGAUCUCUACUUUGCUCCCGAGAAGAACAAUGUUAUCUUCUGCAGCGCUGUCGACGGGUGGGCCUUUACGAUCCGUCAAUUCGCGGCAAUUUAUGAGAAGAAACUUGGUAUAAAGCGUACAGUACUUGAAAAGGUUCUUUGGGGUGAUUUUUACCUUGACCCGAGGACCAAGAGAGUGUUGGGACCGAAGCACUUGAAGGGUCGGGCCUUGAAACCUAUGUUUGUGCAGUUGGUCCUAGACAGUAUCUGGGCUGCCUACGAGGCGACAACUGGCGGUGGUAAAGGAAAGGGUGACCUCAUUCUAUUGGAGAAAAUCACAAAGUCGUUGAAUAUCAACAUCCCGCCUUAUAUUCUGCGCGGCCGUGAUCCAAGAAACAUCAUGACCACACUAUUCUCCUCUUGGCUUCCACUAUCAACUGCUGUUCUGGUCUCAGUGAUUGAAUAUUUGCCAAGCCCCCAAGCGGCACAGUCUGCUCGUCUGCCAGACAUGAUCAAAUCAUCUCCUGGCUCAGACUGCAUCUCUGAAGAGGUCAAGCAGGCAAUGGUUGACUUCAAGACUGGACCAGAGGAGCCUGUCGUUGCAUAUGUCAGUAAGAUGGUUGCUAUUCCCGAGAGCGAGUUGACUGCGAGCAAGAAGCGUGGCAGUAACAUGACCGCCGAGGAGGCUCGAGAUAUCGCUCGCCGCAAGCGAGAGGAGAUCGCGAAGAUGCAAGCAGAAGCCAGCUCGGGACGUCAGGAUGAUUACGACCGAAUGGCAUCGGCGUUCGAAAAUAUUACCUUGAUCAGACAGGAGGAAGAAACCGAGAAAGCCGUCGAGGAGGACGAUGAAGAUCCAGAUCAUCUAAUCGGAUUCGCCCGUCUCUACUCGGGAACCCUCUCGGUUGGUGACUCGGUCUAUGUGCUUCCACCCAAGUUCUCUCCGGCAAACCCACAUGCCAGCCCGGAGCCCAAAAAGGUCACUGUCACAGACUUGUACCUUCUCAUGGGCCGUAGUCUCGAGCCGCUGCAAUCAGUUCCUGCUGGUGUAGUGUUUGGUAUUGGCGGUCUGGCAGGUUAUGUGCUCAAGACAGGUACUCUUUGCAGUCAGCUUGAGGGAAGCAUCAAUUUGGCGGGUGUCUCACUUAACACCCCGCCAAUUGUGCGUGUUGCCUUGGAGCCUGUUAACCCUGCUGAUCUAGGCAAAUUGGUUACUGGUUUGCGCCUUCUUGAACAGAGUGAUCCUUGCGCCCAAUACGAGGUCCUCCCCAGCGGUGAACAUGUCAUUCUCACUGCCGGUGAAUUGCAUCUGGAACGUUGCGUCAAGGAUCUCCGUGAAAGAUUCGCCAAAUGUGAAAUCCAAACUGGUGAAGCUAUCGUCCCCUAUCGGGAAACCAUCGUCAACGCCCCAGAGAUGGCACCGCCAAAGAACCCUGAAUUGGGUCGCGGAGGCCUUCUAACAGUAUCCCCUUCCAAGCAGAUGACACUCCGCCUGCGUGUUGUGCCCCUGCCCGAGGCAGUGACCGAUUUCCUUACAAAGCAAGUCGGAACUGUCAAACGACUUCAGUUAGAGAAACGCAACGAGGCGAAAUCAGACGAGCCAGUAACAGAGUCCAGCCAGGAGUCAACGGUUGAUGCCGCCGACGAAGCCCAAGAGGGUAGCAUCCUGUCUCUUAUCGAGUUCCGCGAAGAAUUGACCAAGAUAUUCGAAAAGGAAGUCACCGAAGACAAGGAACUAUGGAAGAACGUUGUCGACAGAAUCACCGCAUUCGGGCCCCGCAGAAUCGGACCUAACAUCCUUGUUGAUGCCACUGCCGUUAACACCUGCGAGAAAUUCCUACUUGACGACCCAAAACAAAACACUCCCGUCUCCGCCGAUAACCAACAAGCCUUGCUGGUACGCGACUUCAACGACAAAAUCGCCUACGCCUUCCAACUCGCCACAGGCCAAGGCCCCCUCUGCCAAGAACCCAUGCAAGGCGUAGCCGUCUUCCUAGAAGACCUCUCAGUCCAAGCAGCCGAAGGCGAACUCGACAUGGGCCGUCUCACCGGCGACGCAAUCCGACUCGUCCGCGAAGGAAUCACGCAGGGAUUCCUGGACUGGAGUCCCCGCAUCAUGCUUGCGAUGUACAGCUGUGAGAUCCAGGCCACAACCGAGGUUCUGGGCCGCGUAUACGGCGUCAUCACUCGUCGUCGUGGACGUAUCCUUUCCGAGAUCAUGAAGGAAGGAACGCCCUUCUUCACUAUCCUUGCUAUUCUGCCUGUGGCAGAGUCGUUCGGAUUCGCGGAGGAAAUUCGCAAGAGGACUUCCGGUGCCGCGCAACCUCAGUUGAUCUUCUCGGGCUUUGAGGCCUUGGAUGAGGAUCCGUUCUGGGUGCCCGCUACAGAAGAGGAGCUGGAGGAUUUGGGAGAGUUGGCGGAUAAGGAGAAUGUUGCGAAGAGAUAUAUGGAUGCUGUGCGGAGUCGGAAGGGUUUGGUUGUUCAGGGUCGGAAGUUGAUUGAUGCAGAGAAGCAGAAGACUUUGAAGAAAUAG